UAAAAAAGAAGGGAAAAGCCAAGGGAAGCAAAUACGAUGCUGCUGGGUGAGUCGACAUUUAUUAGAGCCUUUCAUUUCAUAUUGGCAUUCAUGAAAACUGCAAACUUGGGCAGCGUAAGUGGUCGUACCAAAGAAGUUGUAUAUCCGUUAUUCUCAAAAGCUUUGUCUUCUGCUAAAAACCGGACAGAAGCACAAAAAGUCCAUUCGUUGAUUGUCACUCUUGGAUUGCACCAUUGCGUCUUCUUCUCUGGCAAACUCAUAAGCAAGUAUGCCCAACUCAGAGACCCAAUUGCGUCCCUUUCAGUUUUCCACCAAGCUUUUCCCAAAACCAAUCCCUAUCUAUGGAAUUCAAUCAUUAGAGCGCUUAUCCAUAAUGGGUUUUACUCAAAAGCUUUUGGCCACUACACUGAAAUGCAGAAAAUGAAUGUUCAACCUGAUAGGCAUACAUUUCCUUCUGUGAUCAAUGCCUGUGCUGGGUUGUGUGACCUGGAAACGGGUAUUGUUGUUCAUCAGCGUAUUUCAGAAAUGGGUUUUGGCUCAGACUUGUACAUUGGUAAUGCACUGAUUGAUAUGUACGCUAGAUUUGGUGAACUCGGUAAAGCACGGCGGCUGUUUGAGGAAAUGCCUCUUAGGGAUAUCGUCUCGUGGAAUAGUCUGAUUUCUGGCUACAGUUCAAAUGGAUAUUGGGAGGAAGCUUUGGAAAUUUUUCAUAGGUUAAGAAUGGAUGGGUUGUUACCGGAUUCUUUUUCCAUAUCUGGUGUUUUGCCCGCGUGCGGAAGCUUGGUUGAUGUUAGAGAGGGUCAGAUAGUUCAUGCGUUGGUUGAGAAGAUCGGGGUCCAUGCUGAUGUUUUAGUAAGCAAUGGACUUCUUUCAAUGUACUUCAAAUUUGGUUGGUUAAAAGAUGCGCAACUCUUUUUUAAGAGGACGGCGGUUAGGGACUCUAUUAGUUGGAACACUGUCAUUUGUGGGUACUCUCAGUUGGGGUUGUUUGAAGAAUCAAUAAAUCUGUUUAUGGAAAUGGUGAAUGAAUUUACACCUGACUUGCUGACAAUCACUUCUGUUCUUCGUGCUUGUGUUCAUUUGCGGGACUUGGGACUUGGAAGAUAUGUUCACGACUACAUGAAAAGAAGUGCUUUUUCAUUUGAUACUAUGGCAAAUAACAUACUUAUUGAUAUGUAUGCAAAAUGUGGAAAUUUAUUAGCUUCACAGGAAGUAUUUGAUCAUAUGGAAUGCCGGGAUUCUGUGUCAUGGAAUUCAUUGAUCAAUGGCUACUUUCUUAAUGGUUGUUGUGAUGAAGGGUUAAACCUUUUUAAGGUGAUGAAGAGUAACAUGAUACCGGACUCUGUGAGUUACGUGAUGAUCCUAUCUAUUUCUACUCAGCUAGCAGAUGUGGAAAAGGGGAAAAUGAUCCACUGUGAUAUAGUAAAACUGGGAUUCAAUUAUGAUGUUAUUGUCAACAAUGCACUUGCCGAUAUGUAUGCUAAAUGUGGCAAAAUACAGGAUUCACUAAUAGUAUUUGAGAACAUGAAAGUUCGUGAUGUAGUAACAUGGAAUACCAUAAUUUCUGCAUGCAUUCAUUAUGAUGAUCGUAUUUUAGGGUUAAGAAUGAUCCUCAGAAUGAGGAAUGAGGGAAUGAUGCCCGAUGCGGCCACCAUGUUAGGCAUCUUACCCCUAUGUUCCUUACUUGCUGCGAAGCAACAAGGAAAAGAGAUCCACGGAUGCAUUUUCAGGUUAGGAUUUCAUUCAGAUGUUCCCGUUGGGAAUGCACUAAUAGAAAUGUAUUCUAGCUGUGGUAGCUUGGAAAACUCCGUACUAGUAUUUGAGCAUAUGAAAAAGAAGGAUGUCGUGACAUACACUUCGAUGAUCUCUGCAUUUGGGACAUAUGGUGAAGGUGUGAGAGCAUUGAGAACUUUUGCAGAAAUGGAAGCAACAAGCGUCCUUCCUGAUCAUCUUGCUUUCCUUGCUGUUAUAUUUGGUUGUAGCCAUUCAGGUUUGGUAGAAGAAGGCCUGGCUUACUUCAACCGGAUGAAGAACGACUACAAAAUUGAACCAAGGAUCGAACACUAUGCUUGUGUAGUUGACCUCUUGUCACGGUGUGGCUUAUUGGUUCAAGCAGAAGACUUUAUCCAUUCAAUGCCAAUGAAGCCAGAUGCAAGUAUCUGGGGAUCUUUACUUAGUGCCUGUCGAUCAAGCGGAGAAGCAAACAUAGCUGCACGUGCCUCAGAGCAGAUAAUUCAAUUGGAUUCUUAUGAUACUGGGUAUCAUGUUUUGGUAUCAAAUGUGUAUGCAGCUUUAGGGAAGUGGGAUCAAGUGAGAAUAAUACGGAAAUACAUGCAAGCUAAAGGACUCUCGAAAGAUCCUGGAUUUAGCUGGAUGGAGAUUCAAAAGAAGGGUUGAGGCUAGUUCCUCUUGACAUUAUAUACAGGUUAAAAAGGUACUUGUGGGUUUGUUGGGGAAGGAAGGUUAUGAUGAUUUGCAAUCCCACCAUGACUUCGGAUUUGCAUGAGAAGAAAGGCAUGAUUCAUUAGAAAAGGGAACUGCUUGCGAUGGCAGGUCUAAUCUUUCAAGGAGAGGGAUUUGAAGUUGCUUGACAUUGGAGAUAUAUCAUGAGUUCACUGAUCCAAGAAAACGUGGAUGUGGCUCGGAUAAUGUGAAGUUUAUAUAUUUGAAGAGGAUAUGCUACAAGGUAGAGACUUAUAAGUUGUAAUAGAAGGCAUGGACUUGUGUUGAAGUUUGCAAGUCCUUUGGUGACAAGCACCGAUUGGAAUUACAAGUUAAGACAAGGAAACCAGCUCCACAUCUCUCUAUAGAGGUUAACUACUACAGAAGCUGAGAUUGCAGACAGAUGUUGAAAGGUCCUAAAUGUUAAACUUCGGUGGUGUUUGUCAAAAUUCCCUUGUUAACUCACAGCCACAGUUCGACACAGUUUAGUAUUUUGAAGUUUUCAGCCUUUAGAUCAA